AUGAAGACGAAACGGGGCACGCCCAAGAUCUCCGGGCUGGUGGUCGCUGCUCUGCGCAACCUCCGCGACGCCCACGGCUCCUCGCCCAAGGAGAUCAUGAAGUACAUCAUGGCCGAGUACAACGCUUCCGAGUCUACGGUCCAGCGCCAGCUGAAAACGGCCCUGAAACGCGGCGUCGAGUACGGCAUCCUCAAGAAGACGAACGCGGGCUACAGCCUCAACACGGACGCGGAGGUCAUCGGGCCGAUCGACCUCGCGCAAAUGGACGCUUGCGGCGGUUGUCCCAAGAAGCCAAAGCGCCGGGGUUGCAAGCCAAAGAAGAAGAAGCGGUCGUGCAAGCGGCGCAAGCGUCCGUCGUGCCCGCGCAAGAAGAGGAAGCGCAACCCGUGCAACGUGUGCGCGACGCGGGGCCGCAAGGACUGCAGCCGGCCGAUACAAAUGGUGCGGGAGAACUCGCCGGCCAACCUCGAGGACGACGACAUGAGCGCGAGCAACACCGAGGCGGACAAGCGGAACGUCGAGGACGACGGGCAGGAGGGCAGCCCCAGGAGUCGGAGCAACAGCCGCAGGGGCUCGAGCAAACCUAGGUCCAGGAGCCAGAGCGAGGCUGGAUUCUCGGACGAGGAUGACGAUGACGAUAAGGACGAGGACUAG